CCAGCCCGCACUUGGUUCGCUCCGGUGACGUCGCCCCGCCCGCUAUGCUUGGACUGCGCCACUUUGGCAGACGGGGGACGUGCGAGGGGUAUUCGCUCGUUCUCGGAGGGGGAGAUCGACCCAGGAGGCGUGAAGAGGAGCCACAGACGAGCGGGGAAUACAGCAGCCACGCGCGGGUGUAUAACUUGUAACGGGGUGUCUCGUGGCUGCCGAAGGCGUCUGCUGGCUGAGUCGCCGAGCAAAGCCCGUGGAGCUGCCUGGCUCAACGGGCUCCUCUUUCUGAGUCUCAUCAUCGACAUCAUUAGGGAAGCCUCCGAGCUUUUAGCGGUCGUCGGCAGCCAUGGCGAGCGGAGGCUCCGCUCCGCCGAACUUCUCGUGGGUGGAACCGGGCCGGCUGGCAGGCCUGGCCAUGCCGCACGACGCCUCGCACUACCGAUACCUGUACGAGUGCGGCGUGCGUCACCUGGUGUCGCUCACGCACGGCGCGCCACGCCACGCCGACACGUGCCCGGGCAUCCGCCUACACGCCAUCAAGAUCGAGGACUUCCAUCCGCCAUUGCCGGAGCAAAUUGAACGUUUCCUCGACAUCGUGAGCGACGCCGGCGCCAAAGGAGAGGCGGUGGCCGUGCACUGCAUGCACGGGCACGGCCGCACGGGCACCAUGCUCGCGUGCUUCCUGGUGCGCCACCGGGCACUGUCGGGGGUGGAUGCCGUGGCCGAGAUCCGCCGGCUCCGGCCGGGGUCCAUCGAGACGCGCGAGCAGGAGAUCGCCGUCACGCGCUUCUACCAGCGCCACAAGUGACGUGCGGGGUGUGACGUGCGGUGUGUGACGUGCGGGGUGUGACGUGCGGGGUGUGACGUGCGGUGUGUGACGUGCGAUGCGU